GGUUCUGGAAGGAUCCCGGAGCGGGGCCCGGCGGCGGGGCCCGGGCGGGCGCCAUGUCGGGGCUGCUGCACACCACGCUCAGCGGGCUCAACAGCGACUCGUACUGCGAGAUCAGCCAGUACCGCGACCAGCACUUCCGGGGUAGCAGGCAGCUGCAGGAGAAAUCGCUGAAGAUUUCCUCCACGCUCUAUGUCGGCAACCUGUCCUUCUAUACCACCGAGGAGCAGAUCCAGGAGCUCUUCUCCAAGUGCGGGGAUGUCAAGAGGAUUGUCAUGGGUCUGGACAAGAUCAAGAAGACCCCGUGUGGCUUCUGCUUUGUAGAGUACUACACGAGAGCAGACGCUGAGCACGCCAUGAGGUUCAUCAACGGCACGCGGCUGGACGACCGCAUCAUCCGCACGGACUGGGACGCAGGCUUUAAGGAGGGGCGGCAGUAUGGGAGAGGAAAGACUGGAGGACAGGUGCGGGAUGAAUACCGGACAGACUACGAUGUGGGAAGAGGUGGCUUUGGCAAGAUCAUUCAGAUGCAGAAGGCAAAUCACCAGCCUGCAAUCUAUUGAUUGCCUCGUGGCUCCUAGCUCGUAGAGGGCUCUGUCCUUCCAGAGCUAGCCCUGUUCUCUCAUUUGUGAUCGGGGUAUGGAGUGAGAUCCAAGUUCCAGCAAAAGGUAACUCUCCUUAGACUGUGCAUAUACAUGUGUUCAUUCUCCCUUCUUUCUGAGCUAGAGAGGAUGUUCUGUGCUGAUACAGGGCAACAAGGGGAAAAAAAAGGACAGCUCUGUUGGAUUUUGGGCAAGAAGAAAUGCAGCAUGUCACACACAACUUAUGCUGACAUACUCUUCAUGUUGCACUUAAGCAGGUGGCUUCCUCCAAGCUGCAACUGCAGCUGUGGUUGCUUUCAAAUGGAACUUUUUUUAAAAGCUUACCACCAUUGGAGCCCUCCAAGUGCCUGGGCACCUAGUGAGGAUGCACAAAGAGUUUCAGGUUUCUAAUUUACGACCUCACCUGCUUAAUAAACAGUAUCACUGUUUGAAUGAGAGAAGUGGACAAGUCUUAUCAUCCGCUUGGAGGUGCUUGUCUGCACAUCUAGCCCUUGGGUUGGUCAGGGCCUGCAGAGCAUUUCUCUUUGUGAUGCCCCCAGUGCUGCCUGGCUUUUCACAUCCUCACUGUCCGGUGUGAUUUUGUUAAAUUUUUCUGUUAAUUUUUUAAAUAAACAGUUAUAUUGGGUCUGA